AUGGAUCAUACAAGUCGGGAGCACCUGCGAAAACUACAGAACUUAUACGAGCAAUACAAAGUCCAGAAGCAGUUCGCACCAUCUCCAGGGAUCAAACUCCGACAGAUCCUCAAAGUUUUAGAGAAAUCCAAGGUACGUGGGCAUGUAGAAUUCGGAAAGAAGGUAUUUGAAGAAUUGAUGUCGUAUUGGGGUUUGGCAUAUACCAAGGAGGAUUGCGCCGCUUUGCUGAAGCUGUAUUCUCGGCAGGGUAUGGCAAAGGAGGCUUUGCAGUUGUUAAGGAAUCCACCUGCUACGGCCGAUGGACCACUGGGAUCGGCGGAAUGGCGGUUCGCGCUGGAUGCCGUUGCUCGGGAAGGAAACAAGGAAGACCUUCACGCCCUCUGGGAAGAAAUGCGAGGGAAGGGCAUCGCUCAGUUCACGGACGCUUAUAAUAUUUACAUCACAUGUCUGGGCGAGACGAAACAGAACGAGGAGAUCUGGCACUUGUACGAGACGAUGCUCGAAAAAGGACCAGUACCUGAUGCGGAGACGUAUGCGUUGUUAAUAAUGCAGUGUAUCGACAACGACAAUAUGGAGAAGGCGAAGGAGAUGAUGGCGGGGCUUCUGAGCGUGAGCGAACACAUUGACAAGAUCAAUGAGAACUGCCGAAAUGCAACACUCGCUUAUCAGCUUUGGGAAGGUGUGACCAUGGACGCAAUUCGUGGAGCUUUGAAGUCGAUGAAGGAUGAUGGGCUUCAGCCUACCACGAGGACAAUUAAUACGCUUUUGCGGACGUCAUAUAACAAGCAGACUCAGAUAACGCCGGAGCAGCUCUGGAAUCUCUUUGCGGAGCAGAAGAUUGAGCCGGAUGGCGACAGUGCCGGAUACACGAUGAAGGCGUUGGUCCGUAGAGGUGACACGGGAGGUGCAUUGCAGAUUUACAACGAUAUGAGAAGAAACGCAGAAUGGACAGAGACCGUACUGAACGCGACCGCUUUGCUCCUACAAGCGCUCGCGAAGGCACCAUCUCCAGACAUCGAAACUAUCUCGUCCAUCCUGAAAGACAUCCUGGAGGCACGAAAGAAGCUGUCGACGAUUACGCUACAGGCCUUGUUGAUGGUGUAUCUACGAGCGGAGGACUACGACUCCUGGGAAAUUUUGUGUCAAAAGUACGACCUCGCACGAAAAGACUCGCCGAUACCGGUUAAAUUCUUUGUGGACUACCUGACUGAUUCGGAGACGCCACUUCACAUCGCGUGGGACGGAUACCAAAACCUUCAUAAAGUCUUCCGUGACUACUUCACCCGUCCAGACCGCGUCGCCCUCAUGAACUGCUUCAUCGGGCACCGACGCGCGGAUAUGGCGUCUCGUGUCUUCUUCGACAUGCGUGACACCCCACUCGAAUGGGACAACAAGACAUGCACCCAAAUUCUCGCCGGAAUUGGUCAAUUGCGGGAUAUCCAAGCGUUGGAAUUGGUCCACACACAGUUGAAGAUGGACAUCCAUAUCGAUCCUGACGUGAUUCUGUUGAGUGCACUCAUGAACGCCUACAACCACUGCGGGAUGCCCAAUACCGCACACAAAUUUUGGCUACAGAUUUGUGCACACCCAGACGGUCCCACAACCGGUUCCGUCAGUAUCAUCCUGGAUACUUUUGGCCAUUCCUCGAACCCGAACGCGUACAAACGCGGACAGCAAAUUUGGCAAGAGUUGAAAGCGCAGGGGUUCGAGUUUGAUCUGCGGUGUUAUGCGACGUAUGUGGAGUUGCAGGCUCGACAUAACCGGUUUGCUCAGGCUAUGGAUGUAGUGAGGGGGAUGAUUGCGGAUGGGAUUAGGCCGGAUGAGGUCGUUAUUGGGACGCUUUAUAAUACGAUGAGGCAGGAUAGGAAGGCGGAGGUUGAGCUGUGGGCGAAGGAGAAUGUGCCGGAGGUUUGGGAGAAGCUGUUAGAGAGGACUGGGGUGGCCAUUAAGAAUGAGAGGGUUUGGUGA